CUUGAGAGCCAGCAAGAAGAAGAAGGCGGCAUAAACAGCGUUGCAUGUCUUUCAACCUGCGAACGAUCUCGAUGUCGGAGAAACGAUAGCUUGAGACCAACACAGGACCACGAUGGCCUGUCACCUCAAAUGUUACGUAAGCGACACAUCAGGCUUGGCACAUCUGGGGCCUCGGCCCUCUCGGUCCAUUGGACUUCGCGUCGGCAUCAGCAACGAAAACAAUGACACAUGUAUAUCCAGUCCCCUAUCAUGGAAUGAUUCACAAACAGGAGGUAUACUGUUACAUCGAACCAAAAUGCCGCGAGGUCGGGGAGGGCGCCCGACCAGGACCGAGCCCUUGCUACACCACCCGGGCAACACUUAUCUACCGUUCGCCAAGCUCAUCGACCUCGAGAAGAUUGACAACAAUACAUAUCGGAGCAUCGCCCCUGCCUUCGCCCCAGGUGGUCCUGUCGGUGUGGGCAGAUCCUAUGGAGCCCAUGUAUUCAUGCAAGCAGCUUGGGCUGCUGCUCAGACGGUCGAGCCCGGUUUCCUCGUUCACAAUGUCUCAGGCAACUUCAUUCUCGCUGGAGAAUUGAACGUCCCCUUUGUUUAUAAGGUUCAUACGAUACGAAACGGAAGGAGCUAUUGCACUAGGAUAGUCAACGUUACCCAAAGCCAAGGCAAAGGAAUAUGCUUCACAUGCAUAGUGUCCUUCAAGACGCCCGAACAUGUGCAAGUUGAAUCUCAAGAGCAGGUUGACCUCUGGCAAACGUACGCAACAGUACUAAAAGACAAGAGACCGUCUGACUUUCCCGAAGUUCCUUCAAUGGACCUGCCGUUCUAUUGGAAGCGACGAGAGGAGACUGGAUACAACGACAAAUUUCCUGGUCUUGAAUGUCGCAAAGUCGACAUGUCUGCUUACAACAAAGAUAAACACCCCCUCGACCGGAGGCAAUUGAUUUUCUACCGCACGAUAGGCGAUAUGCCGAACGAUGAGAAUAUGCAUCUCUGCGCACAUCUUUUCGCGUCAGAUCGGAACAGUCUUUACAUCGUUGCUAACCAUUUUGGGCUGGGCGACUACUUUACGAGUAUGAGCAGUCUGGUGCACACUGUCAUUAUGCACAGCCCGGCUCCUGCCACGCUCUUCGGGUCACAGACGUCUCCGAACCACCAAAGAUCACCGCUUGAUGACGAAUCUGGGCGCUGGUUUUGCAUGGAAUCUUGGGGUAGCAGGGUGUCUAGCGGCCGGGCAGUGUAUAAUUGUCGAAUAUGGAAUAGCAGGGGCGAGCACAUUGCCACGGCCAUGCAGGACGGCCUGAUACGAUACGCUGCCAACCCGAAGCAGCCGACGGCCGAGGAAUUGAAGUUUCUGGCGGAUAACACCAGGAAGUGGGAGGGGAGAGGCAGAGAAAAGAAGCUCUAGGACGCCAGAUGCUCAUAUUGUGCUCGUUACACACGAUGAUGAACAUAGACAUAUAAGCACGCGAUGAAACAAAUUGAUAUCAUGAUUUCGCAGCGUCGGCCAGUUCUGACGGGUUCAUAGAACCUUCCGCUGUCCUGCUCAACGCCUCCCAAAAUCGAAAUCACCAUAUUGGCAGCAC